AGCUAGCCGCUAGGCACAACGUAGGGGCUUGCUACAGGAAAGGGAUCGGAGCAACUGUUGGAGACGGGCGGGCGGGAUCACAGGGGUGUUGUAAUCGUUUUGUGCAAAGUCUCUAUACGGUAUUGGUACCUGUGUAGUGGGCAUUAAUGUGCAGCGUACUGCUUGCACUAAAAGUAUUCGCCGAACAGGCUAUUUGGCUGGUGUUGGCCUGGACACGGCACAGCGCCACAGCGGCAAUCCUAUAGCCUUGCAACCUGGCUGGCCACCUACAAUACUGCCGUCCUUUCCCCUCUUCUUCUUUUCUUUUUUCCAGCACUUCUUCCAUCACUCUGUAUUUUCCCUCCUCUAAAUCAAUUCCAUACACGAAUUGAUCAUAGUCAUAGCACAGCUCACUAUGGGACGCCAGGGAAACCCUCUCACUAACCCGCUGCAUUAUGCUGCUAAGCAACGAAACUAUGGCGCGCCCGUUGCUACGGCUGAUGCCGAGCGCUCCUUGCCUAGCUACGAUUAUGUAAUUAUUGGCGGAGGUGCCGCAGGCAGUGUCCUAGCUGGCAAGCUUUCGGAAGACCCAACUGUCACUGUUCUCGUCCUAGAGGCCGGUGCUAGCAAUGAUAAGAUCUUCGAAACUAAGGCUCCUCUCCUUUUUGGUAAGCUUUUCCAUGGAGAGCACGACUGGAACUACUACACGACCCAGCAAGAGGGUGUUGCCAACCGUGAGCUCUACUGGCCCCGCGGCCGCAUGCUCGGUGGCAGCUCGUCCAUGAACGCCAUGAUGUACCACCAUUGCUCCAAGUCCGACUUUGACGAGUGGAAGGACAAGUUUGGGUGCGAGGGCUGGAGCUACGACGAUAUUGCUCCCUAUUUCCGCCGCAUGGAAAAGUUCACCCCAAACCCAGAUCGCCCAGCCGUCAACAUGAUUCACCGAGGCACAGAAGGCGAGUGGCAGACGGGCUACGCUCACCUCAACCCAAUCAUCGAAAAGGGAUGGAUCCCGGGCUGCGAGCAGACCGGAAUCCCCUACAAUGAAGACAUCAACACCCCCAACGGCUCGCUUGGUGUUACCCGCUUCCAGACCUUCAUCGACCCCAAGGGCACCCGCUCGUCCAUGGCCACCGCAUACCUCAACAGCAAGGUGCAGCAGCGCCGCAAUCUGUUUGUCGCUACUGGUGCGCAUGUCACCCGCAUUCUCCACGAUCUUGUCUCUGCCGAGAAGCCCAAAGCAAUCGGCGUCGAGUUUCAAACUUCCAAGACGAGCGACAAGUACGAGGUUCACGCCAAGCGCGAAGUCAUUCUUUGCGGCGGUGCCAUCAACACGCCUCAGAUUCUUAAGCUUAGUGGAAUUGGCCCUGCUGAGGAGCUGCGAAGGCACCACAUUGGCGUUGUCUAUGAGAAUAACGCUGUAGGCGAGAACCUCAAGGACCAUUUCUGCUCCACAGGCAUCCACGCCAAGUCGAAGCCCGGUCUUUCCAUGGACUAUCUCAAGGACGACAUCAAGGCUAUCCCUGCGCUGGCUCAGUGGCUGCUUACCGGCAAGGGACCUCUCACCAGCAACGUUGGCGAGUCGGCCGCCUUUGUCCGUUCCACAGAGAUGAAGUUUGAUGCAACAACCAAGGGCAAUGAGCCCAAGGACCACGGCUCUGGUGGUGUUGGACCCGACAUUGAGUUCAUUGCUGCAGCCUUGGGAUACAUCCAUCACGGAGAGGAGCCGGGAAUACCAGGCGAAGAAUUAUUCAGCUUCGUUCCCAUCGGACUUCGUCCCCAGAGUAAGGGAACCGUUACUCUGCGCAGCAACGAUCCCUUUGAACACCCCAAUAUUGAUCCCAAGUACUGGACUGACGAAGGCGACAAUGACCGCAAGGUCCUGCUUGCUGGCAUCCGCAAGGGCUUCGACAUUAUCCGCUCGCCUGCGAUGAAGGAACAGCUAGAGACUGUACCCACCUCUGACGACCAAAACAACUACUGGUGGCCCUACUGCAGCAGCAACUACGACGCCAUUACCGACGAGCAGCUUCUGCGCUGGAUGAAGACCAAGGCUUUCACACUGUACCACCCCGUCGGCUCUGCACGCAUGGGCCCAUCACCCAAGGACAGCGUCGUGGAUCUGCAAUGCAAGGUACACGGAGUGGACAACCUGCGAAUCAUGGAUGCCAGUGUGUUCCCUGAGCAGAUCUCCGGACAUCCCACUGCGCCCAUUGGAGCCAUGGCUUACAAGCUGAGCGACAUGAUUAAAGAGGGCAAUUAGCGGGAGAGGUAUCGUGUUGAGAUUGUGUGAUUUUGGAUAAUGAUACUAUAUGAUCUGAAUUUGAAUUUGGGAUUUUUAUAGCUGUUAUUUAGCGGUUACUCUUUUAUUUUAUGCUCUACGUCAUGUUUUUUUCAGCUGCUACAUAAAAC